GUGCUCCGUCAAGGCCAUUGAGGCAGCGCUCGGGGCCCGGCAGUGGAAGAAGGCCAUUUACAUCCUGGAUUCCCAAGACCAAAGGACAGCAGCUAAGUUCUACCCCAGGAUCGCCCAGCACUACGCAGCCCUGCAGGAGUACCAGAUUGCAGAGGGGCUGUUCUUGAAAGGGGAGAAGCCCAAGGACGCCAUUGACAUGUACACACAGGCCGGGCUCUGGGAGCAGGCACACAAGCUGGCGACCCAGUGCAUGAGGCAGGAAGAGGUGUCCGUGCUCUACACCAGCCAGGCUCAGGAGCUGGAAAAGCAGGGCAAAUACAAAGAAGCAGAGAGGCUCUAUGUCACCGUGGAGGAGCCUGACCUGGCCAUCACCAUGUACAAGAAGUGUAAGAUGUACGAUGAGAUGAUUCGCCUGGUAGCAAAAUACCACAGGGACCUGCUGAGUGACACACACCUGCACCUGGGCAAGGAGCUGGAGACAGAGCGCCGCUGGCAGGAGGCUGAGUACCACUACCUGGAGGCCAAGGACUGGAAGGCCACCGUGAACAUGUACAGAGUGAAUGGCAUGUGGGAGGAAGCGUACAGGGUAGCCAAGGCCCACGGGGGGGCCAAUUCCUACAAGCAUGUGGCCUAUCUGUGGGCAAAGAGCCUGGGAGGGGAAGCGGCCGUGAAGUCUCCGGGAAAUGGCCAUUGACCAAGCGGCAGACAGCGG